AUGGUCAACUCCUGUUGUGGUUCUGUCUGCUCUGAGCAGGGCUGUUGCCAGCCCAGCUGCCUGCAGACCACCUGCUGUAGGACCACCUGCUGCCGCCCCAGCUGCUGUGUGUCCAGCUGCUGCAGGCCCCAAUGCUGCCAGUCCAUGUGCUGCCAGCCCUGCUGCCGCCCCAGCUGCUGCAGGCCCCAGUGUUGCAUCUCCAGCUGCUGCAGGCCCCAGUGCUGCCAGUCCAUGUGCUGCCAGCCCUGCUGCCGCCCCAGCUGCUGCAUCUCCAGCUGCUGCCGCCCCAGCUGUGGAGGCUCCAGCUGCUGCCGGCCCUGCUGCCGCCCCUGCUGCUGCCUGCGUCCGGUGUGUGGCCAGAUCUCCUGCCACACCACUUGCUAUCGCCCCACCUGUGUCAUCUCCACCUGCCCCCGCCCCAUGUGCUGUGCCAUCCCUUGCUGCUCAUCCUGCUAA